GUGAACUUGGAGCGGAACAAGAGUGGGGGAACAUUGUCCUGGUGGGUGGGGUGCCAGUUUGUGGUGCUCACCGACGCCGCGUCUGACGCCGCUCUCGCUUGGAUCGCAGAGCAGAAUUCCGCAGUGCUGCUGCUCCCCCACACCUUGCUUGCUUGCUUCUUCUCCACAGCGCCUUGCUUCUCCGCUGCUCGCAUUUCCAACUAUCUCUUGCAAUUCUGGGUUUUCACCGUUGCUAGUACAUUUGUGGGCUGUCUUUCUGGGUAUGACUGCGUUGAUGUGGGGAAAUUGACGACUGGAGUGAAGGGUUUGUUACUUCGGUUCGCUUUUCUGUUGGUCUCUCUCCGUCUCCAACGGCGUGUACAAAAUGGCAGCUCAAAUGGUUAUGAAUUCAGUUGCUACGGGUAGUCCUCAUUCCUGGAGCUUGAACACUUCAAAGGUCAGUAGGUCAAGGCCCGUUGUUUCUCCUGCUGCAUGGUCCAUCCAGCCUGCAUUCAGACAGGCUUGGCGAGCCCGACCUUUCACUGUUGCUGCAACUUCAAACGGAGAGGAUGAGAAGAAUGACUCAGUUGCGUCAAGCACAUCUACUUCCACCACUGAAAGUACGACUUCUCCUCCAGCAGAGCAAACAACUGUCAGCGACAGAAGAGCUAUAGCUGAGGCAGAGGUGAAGAAGGGUCAGAGAACAGCAAUUAUAACUGGUGCCAUCUCUGUUUUGCUGGGAGUGGGAUACCUAGUGCUCAUUCAAUUGCUUGACACGAGGGGGGUCAUCCUGGUGCCACCCCCACCUGAAGCAUUCAAUCCUUGAGUCACUGGCGACACCAUUUGUGAGUUCCUUCUUCUUUUCCUAUUUUGGAAUGGUUGGAGUGCAGAUCAUGGAUACUGUUGGUUGCUGUUGUCUUUCAGACUGCGUUGGGCAAUUUUGAGUUUUCAUACUCUAGCCAGAAACUGUGUAAUUGAGAUGAAAUUGGCGGCAAGUUGAUGCACCCGUUCGUCGAGUUCAAGAAUAAAAAUUAGGAAGCGUCUUCUAAUGUGUCAAUGGCUUCUUACUUGCUGUGUUCAGCCUUGUUGUGGAUCUGGAAUCCCACAUAGCCUUUUCUUGUUGACAUCUGUUUUGUCUACAAGCAUCAUGAACUCUGGCGAUGUGGGAAAAGUCUGAAUCGGUUUUGAGUCCACAGAAUUAAAGAAUUCUUCACUGUAUUCUGUUAUUGAAUCAAAAUUAGGCAUGUUUUAGCACAAGAAACUCUUCAGGUUCCUUCAUUUUAUAAGAGUCUAGAACUUUUUACUGUUUUAUUGAACACAUCUACAGUCUUGACAAUUAUGACGUAACCAUAUGAUGAAUAUUUUAUAAUUGUUUUA